AUGCUAUAUAACCAGAAGAUCACUCUAUUCUCUGUCUCGGACAUUCUUUCUUCAUGUUAUGAUCAUCUUGAUCAGACAGUCCACUGUUCUUUGAAGCAGAAGUGCUACCAACGGCAUAUUGUUGCACUAUUAGACUCUUACGACGGGAGUGAUGAGGAUGAGGAUAUGGGUGUAGAAACCCUUCCACGGAUUACAGCUUCGGAGGCUUUGAAUUUGGUAAAAAUCGCUUUGUAUGAGGAGCAGCAGGAUCAGGGAGACCUAAUUCAACAACUUAACUACUACGAGAGAAGGUUAGAAGCAUGGAAGCUUGAAAAUCAGCAGCAGCAGGAUAUUCAGGCGUACUUUGAACACUCAGUCUCUAUAUAG